AUGGCACAAUCUGGAGAUGGACUCAAUCGACCGGCCGAUGAAUCAAGCUCCGACCUCGAGAAGGUGCUAUCGGACACCAGUUUGCCGCGUCUGAAGAGGCUGGUGAUGGCGUCGUGGAUUGAAAUAAAAACCUUGUUUCGACUUGCUGCACCUGCAAUCACGAUGUACUUGAUUAACAACUCCAUGAUCAAUGCUACCAGGAUCUUUUCCGGCCACCUUGGCAACCUUGAGUUUGCAGCUUUGAAUCUUGGCAACAACGGCAUUCAACUAUUUGCCUUUGGCCUCCUCCUAGGAAUGGGAAGUGCGGUCGAAACCUUAUGUGGUCAAGCAUAUGGUGCCGGGAGAUAUGAAAUGUUAGGCAUCUAUCUACAAAGAGCAACUGUGGUUCUUUUCUUGUUCAGUCUCCCAAUAACCUUAAUCUAUAUAUUUUCCAAACAAAUCUUAGUUUUCAUGCAUGAAUCGAAAGACGUGGCAUCACUGGCAGCAGUGUUCGUCUACGGCCUCAUCCCACAGCUUUUUGCAUACACCGUCAACUUUCCAAUACAAAAAUUUCUUCAAGCACAGAGUUUAGUACACCCCAGUGCUUUUAUUUCAUUGGCCGCUGCUGGGGUGCAUGUACUUUUAUCCUGGGUUGCGGCGUACAAGUUCAGUCUUGGAUUAAUUGGGCUAUCAUUGGUUAUGAGUUUCUCUUGGUGGAUCAUUGUUGUGGCCCAGUUUGUUUAUAUCUUAAUGAGCCCAAAAUGUAAGCCCACUUGGAAUGGAUUCAAAUGGGAGGCUUUUAAUGGGCUUUGGGAGUUCGCGAAAUUAUCAAUCGGUUCAGCAGUGAUGCUGUGCUUAGAAACGUGGUACCUUCAAGUACUAGUCUUGAUUGCAGGACUUGUUAAGAACCCUGAACUUGCCUUGGAUGCACUUUCGGUAUGCUUGUCAAUAAAUAGCAUAUUAUUCAUGAUUGCAAUAGGGUUCAAUGCUGCUGCGAGCGUUCGAGUGAGCAAUGAGCUUGGAGCAGGGAACCCUAAGUCAGCAGCUUUUUCAGUUUUCAUGGUGAAUUUUGUUUCAUUCAUUUUUGCCGUGGUGGUUGCCUCAAUCAUAUUAUCACAACGUCAUGUAAUUAGCUACCUAUUCACGGGCGGCGAAACAGUGGCUAAUGCAGUAUCAGAACUCUGUCCAUUCUUAUCAGUUACUAUCAUUCUCAACGGUAUUCAACCUGUCUUGUCAGGGGUGGCCGUUGGCUGUGGAUGGCAAGCAUUUGUUGCCUACGUAAACAUUGGGUGUUACUACAUCGUGGGAGUUCCACUUGGCUGUCUUCUAGGAUUCAAAUUCCACCUCGGUAUAAAGGGAAUAUGGUCGGGAAUGAUCGGAGGAACACUGAUGCAAACCAUCAUUUUGCUUUGGGUGACAUUUCGAGCCGAUUGGAAUAAAGAGGUGGAGAAAGCAAGAAAACAUUUGGACAAGUGGGGAGAAAUAAAGGAGCCUCUUUCCAAUGACUAA